CUUUAUCCCGAAGCCGAACUCGCGAACACAGCUUCAGAAGAACCUAGUUAGAUCGGUUUCUCUGUCGGGAUUUUUUAUCUCUCCUUCUUCACGGACCCUAUCUCGCUCCUAAUUCUAUCCUCUCCUCUUUGCUCAAAGCCUGAUUGGAAUGUUUUGGUAUAGCUCUGGGGAAUGAAUUAAACGUGUUCUGUUCUUCUUUGAGUAAUAUUAGAUUUUGAGAGGAAGGGUGCGUUGUGAUGUAUACUAGAGCAAUAAAAAGGAACCAAAGAUGGGGUUUGGUAUUGCAGCAAGCCAAAUACUUAGUUAGACCAGCCAUUCGUGACUACACUGUGUCCAGAUCUUAUGGACUCACUAAUCAUUUGACCAGUAAUGCAAAUCUGAGAAGAGGGUCUCUCUUGCGUUCUUUUUCUCCCCACGGUGGUGGUACUAGUAUUGCCUCGAGAAGUAGUUUAAGACUCUCGAAGAACAUCCAGCUGCGUAGAUUUAGUUCCGAAGGUGAUGAUAAACAUGUCUCUUUGAACAAAGGGAGUGACAUUGGUGAUGGAAAAACCGGGAAGGAGAAAACUAGUUGCGGUGUGGGGCAUUUAGAUUCGCAUGCUCAACUCGGAGAGCAGGACCAAAUAGAAUGGCUCAGUAACGAGAAGCUUGCUAGUGAAUGCAAAAAGAAGGAGUCACCUCUCCUUACUAAACGAGAAAGAUUCAAAAACGAGUUUUUGAGGAGAGUCCAGCCUUGGGAAAAGAUACAGCUUUCGUGGGAGACCUUUCCUUACUAUAUCUACGACCACACGAAAAAUAUUUUGGUGGAAUGUGUUAGCUCACAUAUAAGACAAAGGAAUGCCACUUCAAUGUAUGGUGCCCGUUUAGAUUCUUCAAGUGGAAGAAUAUUGCUCCAGGGCCUUCCAGGCACUGACCUUUACCAGGAGAGGCUGGUACGAGCACUUGCUCGAGAUGUACAAGUUCCCUUGUUGGUUCUUGACAGCAGCGUUCUUGCCCCUUAUGAUUUUUCUGAUGAGUACAAUGAAGACUCUGAAUCUGAUGGUGAGAACGCAGAAGCGGAAGCAGAUGAGGGCACAACAGAGUCUGAAGCUGAGGAAGAUUCUGGAGCGAAUAGUGAGGAGGAUUCUGAAGUGAAAACAGACGGUAGUGACAAUGAGGAAGCUCGUCUCGAGGUAACUGAGGAAGAUAUCAAGAAAAUUGUGCCAAAACUUGAGGAGCUCGGAGAGUUAGUAGCGGAAGAACUACAUGAAGCUGGUGGAGCUUGCGAAGCGGCAGCUGUUGAGCAUUCUGAUAAAGCUGGGCGACCGGCAAGGAAAGGAGAUCGAGUCAAAUAUGUUGGACCUUCUAAGAAGGGUGAUGCAAAGCACAGGCCAUUAACUACCGGACAGCGUGGAGAGAUCUUUGAGGUGAAUGGGAACCGCGUUGCGGUGGUAUUUGACAAUGAAGGUGAUAAAUCAUCAGAGGGAAGCGAGAAGAAACCAAAAAAGCAGUCCCAGAAGCCAAAUAUACACUGGAUAGAUGUUAAAGACCUGAAGCAUGAUUUGGAUAUGCAGGCAGAAGAUGGCUACAUUGCCCUGAAGGCUUUAAAUGAGGUUUUGCAAUCAACACAACCACUUAUUGUCUAUUUUCCAGACUCGUCCCGGUGGUUGUCUAGAGCUGUACCUAAGGCAAAACGAAAUGAGUUUGUAGACAAAGUUGAGGAAAUGUUCGAUAAAGUGUCAGGUCCUGUUGUAAUGAUCUGUGGUCGGAACAAGAUUGAGACAGCCUCCAAAGGGAGAGAGAAAUUCACGAUGAUACUCCCAAACUUUGGCCGCAUUGCCAAACUGCCCCUUCCUUUGAAGCAUCUUACUGAAGGACUCAGCGGAAGGAAAAGUUCAGAUGAUAAUGAGAUAUACAAAUUAUUCACUAAUGUUAUGAACCUACUUCCUCCUAAGGAGGAAGAUGUCCUUGCAGUAUUCAACAAACAACUUGUAGAAGAUAGAAGAAUUGUUGUAUCACGGAGCAAUUUAAAUGAGAUACUUAAGGCCCUAGAGGAAAACGAGUUAUUAUGCACAGACUUGUACCAAGUGAACACCGAUGACGUCAUACUGACAAAACAAAGGGCAGAGAAAGUUGUUGGCUGGGCCAGAAACCACUAUUUAUCUUCUUGUUCGAAACCGUUGAUUAAAGAAGACCGCCUGAUUCUGCCUCGUGAAAGCAUUGAGAUAUCAGUUAAAAGGUUGAAAGCACAAGAAGAUAUAUCUCGAAAGCCUUCACAUAGCUUGAAGAACAUAGCAAAGGACGAGUUUGAAAGCAACUUUGUCUCAGCUGUAGUUGCUCCUGAAGAAAUCGGUGUCAAGUUUGACGACGUUGGUGCCCUCGAGCAUGUGAAGAAGACACUGAACGAGUUGGUUAUUCUUCCCAUGAGACGGCCAGAGCUCUUCACCCGUGGCAAUCUCUUGCGGCCGUGUAAAGGCAUAUUGCUUUUUGGUCCUCCUGGUACUGGUAAAACGCUACUUGCCAAGGCCCUUGCUACAGAAGCUGGAGCUAACUUCAUUAGCAUAACUGGCUCAUCGCUUACAUCAAAGUGGUUUGGAGAUGCAGAGAAGCUCACGAAAGCUCUCUUCUCCUUUGCAAGCAAACUUUCGCCUGUGAUUAUUUUUGUCGAUGAGGUUGACAGUUUGUUAGGCGCUCGUGGUGGUUCUCACGAGCAUGAAGCAACUCGGAGGAUGAGAAACGAGUUCAUGGCAGCUUGGGAUGGGCUGAGGUCAAAAGAUAGCCAAAGGAUACUCAUACUCGGUGCCACCAACCGACCUUUUGAUCUUGAUGACGCUGUCAUUCGCCGUCUACCAAGAAGGAUAUAUGUGGAUUUACCUGAUGCUGAUAACCGGUUAAAGAUUUUGAAGAUAUUUCUGACUCCAGAAAAUCUUGAAACCGGUUUUGAGUUUGAGAAACUUGCUAAAGAGACUGAAGGAUACUCAGGAAGCGAUCUAAAGAAUCUAUGCAUCGCUGCUGCAUACAGACCUGUUCAAGAAUUGUUACAGGAAGAAAACAAGGGUUCGGUAGCAAAUGGAGCAGCUCCUGAUCUACGGCCUCUUAGUUUGGACGACUUCAUUCAAUCUAAAGCCAAGGUAAGUCCGUCUGUGUCCUAUGAUGCAACGACGAUGAACGAACUUAGAAAGUGGAACGAGCAGUACGGUGAAGGUGGUAGCCGGACCAAGUCUCCUUUCGGCUUCUAAAGGCAGUUUUGUUAGAUUCGAUCAUAUAUUCAAUUUCUCUUCAACAAUAUCUCUUUUGCAUUUCAUAAACAAUAAAAGUCACCAUUUAAAUUUCAAUACUUUUCAUUUCGGGACCGUUUCAUUUCAUAAAGUAACCAAUAAACCAAUUCCUAGUC